GCGUGUCCGCUCUCGCUCUCUCUCUCUCUCUCUCUCUCUUCUCUCGCUCAAACAGACACAUACAGAGCUACCAUUCUUCGUCGACGACGUCAAUGGUGGUCACUCCAGAGAAAAAACCCUAGUACCAUCGAAUUCCGAAACUCUGAUGGCCAAACUCGAGCAUUCCACUCGAACCGUACUGGAACUUCUAUCAGAUUUCAGUCCCUCCACUUCUUCGUUUUUUCCUCUCUCUUCCUCCAUCCGAUCUCUCGCAAUCUCCACUUCCUCCGAUUCCCAAACCCUAAUCUACGCGGGCACAACCUCUGGCGGCGUCCUCUUGCUCUCCGUAAAUUUCGACACAAGAACUGUUUCGUUUCUGCGACACGCUUCGGUGAGCGAAUCUGCAGUGGAUUAUUUGCUCGUAAUUGACCAUGCUGGCCAUGUUGUGGUGUUUUCUGGUGGGUUUUUGUUUCUGGUGGACUCGCUUUUUCUCGGACCGGUGAGGAAGAUUGGGGGUCUCAAGGGGAUUAGUGUGAUCGCGAGGAGGGUGCGUAGUGGUGCUUCGGAGUGUUCUGAUUUGGUGGUGCGGGAUGAUGGUGGUGGUUCUAGUUCGUCUGAGUUUUUGAGUGCCCGCCGGAUGUUGCUGAAGCUUGGAGGUGGUGGUGGUGGUGGUGGGAUUCGAUCAAAUGGCUGGAAAGCAAAAGAGUCCGAGCUUCGCAGCAACGAUGGUAAUUCCGUUUUCUCAAUUGUGAUAGGUAGGAGAUUGAUCUUGGUAGAGCUUGUUUUCGGUAGUAGAAGUGGGAGGAAUGAUGGGCAUGGGGAUGGAAAUGGUGGGUCUUUUGUAAUUCUGAAAGAAAUUCAAUGUGUUGAUGGGGUUAAGACCAUGGUGUGGCUUGAUGAUUCUAUAGUCGUUGGCAGUUUAAGUGGGUACAUUUUGUAUUCUUGUGUUACUGGGCAAGGCAGCUUGAUAUUUUCACUUCCCGAUCCAUCCAGUCCUCCGCGUCUCAAAUUGUUGAUGGAGGAAUACAAGAUGCUGUUGUUGGUGGACAAUGUGGGGAUUAGUGUUAAUGCUCGGGGGCAACCAGUUGGUGGAAGCUUGGUAUUUCAUCGGGCUCCUGAUUCUGUGGGGGAGAUAGCCUCGUGUAUAGCUGUUGUAAAGAAUGGGAAGAUGGAAUUGUAUCACAAAAGAUCAGGCAACCGCAUUCAAUUGGUUUCUUUUGCUGAGGAAGGAGUUGGUCCAUGUGUUGUAACUGACCAAGAUGGGCGUGGUCAACUUAUUGUUGUUGCAACACCAUCCAAGGUUAUUUGCUAUAGGAAAGUAUCUUCUGAAGAACAAAUUAAAUACCUUUUGCGCAAGAAGAACUUUAAGGAAGCUAUCACCUUGGUGGAGGAGCUUCAAAGUGAAGGUGAAAUGACAAAGGAAAUGCUCUCCUUUGUCCAUGCUCAGGUGGGGUUCCUUUUGCUCUUUGACUUGCGUUUUGAGGAAGCUGUAAAUCACUUCUUGCUGUCAGAAACCAUGCAGCCUUCUGAAAUAUUCCCAUUUAUCAUGAGAGACCCAAACCGCUGGACAUUACUGGUGCCAAGAAACAGGUACUGGGGUUUGCAUCCUCCUCCUGUACCCCUUGAAACUGUUGUAGAUGAUGGAUUGAUGGCUAUCCAAAGAGAUAUUUUUCUUAAAAAAGCAGGGGUGGAGACUGCAGUAGAUGAUGAUUUUCUACUUAAUCCACCCAAUAGAGCUGAUUUACUAGAAUCAGGAAUAAAGAACAUCAUCAGGUACUUGCAUAUUUCUCGUGAGAAACAUCUGGAUCCUUCUGUGAAGGAAGGAGUUGACACUCUUCUGAUGUACCUUUAUAGAGCCCUAAAUUGUGUAGAAGAUAUGGAGAAGCUUGCAUCUUCUGAAAACAGCUGUGUAGUGGAGGAGUUAGAAACUUUGUUGAAUGACUCUGGCCAUUUACGGACGCUUGCCUUCCUGUAUGCAAGUAAAGGAAUGAGCUCUAAGGCUCUUGCUAUAUGGCGUAUCUUGGCAAGAAAUUACUCAUCUGGCCACUGGAAGGAUCCUAAAGGGGAAAUGGACUCACAGCAUUCUUCCACUAAUGUCAUCUCUGGUAAGGAGAUUGCUGCAAUUGAGGCAUCAAAAAUACUUGAGAAGUCAUCUGAUCAAGAUUUAGUCCUGCAACAUCUGGGAUGGAUUGCAGAUAUUGACCAGGCACUUGCUGUUCGAGUAUUAACAACAGAGAGAACUGAUCAGCUUUCACCAGAUGAAGUAAUAGCUGCAAUUGAUCCAAAAAAGGUGGAAAUUCUUCAAAGAUAUCUCCAGUGGUUGAUUGAAAAUCAAGAUUCUGAAGAUACACAGUUCCAUACAGCAUAUGCACUCUUGCUAGCAAGAUCAGCAAUUCAAACUUUUGAUACAGAAAAUUCCUCUCAAAAUUUUGAAGCUGAAACUUUUGGGGGGACAGAUAUGUCUGCAGUUAGCAAGACUUCGCUCUUUCAAAGUCUCAUCAGGGAGAGAUUGCAGAUCUUUUUGCAGUCCUCAGACCUAUAUGAUCCAGAAGACGUCCUUGACUUGAUUGAAGGAUCAGAAUUAUGGUUGGAAAAGGCUAUUCUUUACAAGAAACUUGGCCAAGAAACUUUGGUGCUCCAAAUCUUUGCAUUGAAGCUGGAGGACAGUGAAGCUGCUGAACAAUAUUGUGCAGAGAUUGGUCGGCCCGAUGCAUAUAUGCAGUUGCUUGAAAUGUAUUUGGAUCCAAACAAUGGCAAGGAGCCCAUGUUUAGAGCUGCAGUUCGUCUUCUCCACAAUCAUGGAGAAUCUUUGGAUCCUUUGCAAGUUCUGGAGAGGUUAUCGCCAGAUAUGCCCCUCGAACUUGCAUCUGAUACUAUUUUGAGAAUGUUGAGAGCUCGACUGCAUCAUCAUCGUCAAGGGCAAAUUGUACAUAACCUAUCUCGUGCUAUGGAGAUUGACGCGAGUUUGGGAAGAUUGGAGGAAAGAUCAAGGCAUGUGCAGAUAAAUGAGGAGAGCCUCUGUGAUUCUUGUCAUGCCCGCCUUGGGACAAAGCUAUUUGCAAUGUACCCAGAUGAUACCAUUGUUUGUUACAAGUGUUUUCGUCGCUUGGGUGAGUCCAAAUCCAUCACAGGUCGGGACUUCAAGCAAGACCCCAUGUUUAAAGCGGGAUGGAUGGUGACUCGAUGAGCUUUAGAAAAUGAUUUUAGUUUUUGGGUCUUGGACAUGUCUACUACAUAAAUGAGGGGAGGGGGUGAUUUAAAGUUGUAGCUUGGAAUAUGAUCUGCGUUCCUCCAUCUCCAUCACCAUUUUGUUUGCGGAGGGGAGCUUAUGAGUUAAAUCUGCUGUUGUUGAAGCAGCUUUACCUGUAGCUGCAAUUGAAAUUGGAUUUUCAUCACUUACUGUGAAGUUGAAUCUGGAAGAAGCAUGAUGUCCUAGCAAGGCUUGUGGAUGAGAAGAGUGGCCCUCAAUGUAAAGAUCUGAUGGAAUAAAAUGCUUAUUUGGCGGUACUCCCUUCUUGUUGUAUUAACACUUGUGGUAAAUACUAGUUGAAGUGUACCUGUUUUGAUCUUCUUUUAAA